GUGCCGGCCCUAUCUCGUCCCAACUUCCACCCCACCACUCUCACCGCUCCGCCGCAUCCUCCUCCUCCUCCCCGCGCGCCUCCCCUGCUCUUCCCGGAACCCUAGCCCCCUCGCCCCGCCGGGCGCGCGGAGGCAACGGAUUCGUGCGCCCCCAUCCCACCUUCUCGGACCCGGCCGUCGGUCGAUCGCCAUGUUCGAGGGCCACGUGCUGUAUUUACUUCGCAAAUAUUUGGGUGAAUAUGUUGAAGGACUUUCUGUUGAGGCGCUUAGAAUAAGUGUCUGGAAAGGUGAUGUUGUUCUUAAAGACUUGAAACUGAAGGCUGAAGCACUCAAUUCUCUUCGGCUUCCUGUAACAGUGAAAGCUGGGUUUGUUGGCACCAUAACGUUGAAGGUUCCAUGGAAGAGCCUGGGUAAAGAACCAGUUAUUGUUCUGAUCGACCGUCUAUUUGUUCUUGCUCAUCCUGCUCCCGAUGGGCAGACUCUCAAGGAAGAAGACAUAGAAAAACUUUUUGAAGCCAAGCUUCAACAGAUUGAGGCUGCAGAGACAGCAACUCUUGAAGCAACCAGUAGGAGCUCGAAAGGAGGACCUAUACCUGGUGGAAACUCAUGGCUAUACAAUUUAAUAUCUACAAUUAUUGGAAAUCUUAAAGUCACCAUCAGUAAUGUACACAUCAGAUAUGAAGAUUCUGCCAGCAAUUCUGGGCAUCCAUUUGCGUCUGGUUUCACUUUAUCAAAACUUGCUGCUGUUACAGUGGAUGAGGAUGGUAAUGAGACGUUUGAUGCAGGCGUAGCACUAGAUAAGCUGCGAAAGUCGGUUGAACUGCAUAUGCUAGCCAUCUACCAUGAUUCUGACAGCAGUCCUUGGAAGCUUGCAAAGAAAUGGGAGGAUCUAAAUCCCGCUGAAUGGAGUGAGGUAUUUCAAGAUGGCAUCGAUGACCGUGCUGGCAAUUCUAUCUGGGCAAUGAAUCGGAGGUAUUUGGUUUCCCCUAUAAAUGGAAUCCUUAAAUAUAAUCGACUUGGACAGCAGGAAAGAGGGGACCCAAACAACCCUUUAGAGAAAGCAUCACUUGUCCUAAGUGAUGUUUCUUUAACAGUUACUGAGGCCCAGUAUUACGAUUGCAUUAAACUGUUGGAAACAGUUUCAAGAUUCAGGGCACGUGUUGAUGUUUCUCACUUACGACCUGUUGUGCCAGUAAAAGAGGAUUGUCGUGCUUGGUGGCGUUAUGCUAUGCUGGCUGAUCUGCGACAAAAGAAAUUAUGCUAUUGGUUCUCAUGGGAGAGAACCAGACAUCUAUGCCAGCUUCGUCGUCGUUAUGUUCAACUUUAUGCCACCCUAUUGCAGCAAGCUCCUUGUGUUGAUAUUUCUGAGAUUCGUCAGAUUGAGAAAAUUCUGGAUUCAAAAGUCGUAAUACUUUGGAGGUUGCUGGGUCAUGCUAAGGUUGAAACUGUGAAAUCUAAGGAAACAUUGCAUAAGAAGGGCAGCUCAAAGAGAAGAUGGUGGCCUUUUGGACGGAACUCGACUGGGUUACCUUCUGAAGCAGGCAGCCUAUUAGAACCACAACUAGAUGAGGAGGAGCAGCUAACCAAAGAAGAGUGGCAGGCUAUAAAUAAAUUGCUGAGUUACCAACCGGACGAUGAUAUGUCUUUUCCUGUCAAGAAGGUCCUCCCAAACACAAUCCGUUUCUUGGUGGACGUGUCUAUAGGCCAAGCUGCAGCAAGGAUCAUCAAUAUUGAUCAAACAGAGGUUUUGUGUGGUAGAUUUGAACAGCUUCAAGUGGUCACCAGGUUGUAUCCAAAGAGUACACGAUGUGAUGUAACUCUGAAAUAUUGUGGUCUAUCGUCCCCUGAAGGUUCUCUUGCUCAGAGCGUCAUCAGUGUGGGAAAGAGUAAUGCUCUAGAUAUCAGUUUUGUGCGCGAGCCUAUUGGCUUGGACUUGGAUUGGCAGCUUGUGGCUAAGAUAUCACCAUGCCAUGUUACGGUUUUGAAGGGGAGUUAUGAACGGUUUCUGGAGUUUAUUAAACGGAGCAAUGCUGUUAGCCCAACAGUAGCAAUGGAAACAGCCACCGCUCUGCAAAUUAAAUUAGAGCAAGUCACACGCAGGGCUCAGGAGCAGCUUCAGAUGGUACUUGAAGAGCAGAGCAGAUUUGGACUUGACAUCGAUUUGGAUGCACCAAAAGUUAGGAUUCCCUUGACCGGCAAUGAGCACUUUGUUCUGGAUUUAGGCCAUUUUACAUUGCGUACAAGAGAUGGAACUCGGGAUGAAGAAAGACAGAGUUUGUAUUCACGCUUUUAUAUUGCUGGGAGGGAUAUGGCUGCUUUUCUUGUUUGUGAUGUAGCUGAAGACAGAUAUUAUGUUCCGGAAAAUCUAUCCCACAGUGUGCUCUCAGGUCCUACUGCUGAUGCAACUCAGUUCUGUUCUCUUCUCGAUCCCUGUGGAAUGUCAGUGAUAAUUGACCAGAUCAAAGUUCCACAUCCGAGCUAUCCAUCGACCCGUGUUUCUUUUCAAGUACCCAAUCUGGAUAUUCAUUUCUCACCAAAAAGGUACUGCAAAAUUGUCGAGCUGCUUGGUGUACUUUACCAGUUGAAGGGAAACAAUACUGAAGAAUCAAAUAGCUAUGAAAAUGGUAAUCUGGUGCCUUGGUAUCCUGCUGAUCUAGCUGGUGAUGCUAGAACUUUGGUUUGGAGGGGCCUCGGCUAUUCCCUAGCUGAGUGGCAUUCCUGCCAUGUUGUAUUAUCUGGGAUGUAUCUGUAUAUUUUGGAGUCAGAGCUGUCCCAAAAUUACCAAAGGUGUUGUAGCAUGGCAAGCCGGCAAGUAUUUGAGGUGCCAUCAACUAGUGUUGGUGGGUCUGUUUACAGUAUUGCUGUGUGUUCUAGAGGUGCAGAUAUGCAGAAGGCACUAGAAUCAACCAGCACACUGAUAGUUGAAUUUCAUAAUGAAAUUGAGAAGGCCAAUUGGAUGAAAACGCUUGUCCAAGCGACAUAUCGAGCUUCAGCACCUCCUGAGGUGAACAUAUUCGGAGAUCCUAUCAGUAGAACUCCAGAAACAAGCACUCCAAGGCUUAGUAGUUUGGGAUCAGUGGAUCUUCUUGUAAAUGGGUCUGUUAUUGAAACUAAGCUUUCACUCCACGGAAAGUUGGAUAGAAAGAACAAAGAUCCGGAAGAGCUUCUAAUGUUAGAGCUCCUUGGAAAUGGAGGAAAGGUUAAUGUUGUUCAAUCUUCUCGUGGUCUAAGCGUGAAAACGAAGCUGCACUCGUUGAAGAUUAAGGAUGAGCUACAUGGUCGUCUUUCAAUGUCUACAAAGUAUUUAGUAUGUUCAGUGAUUAAUGAAGAUUUGGACUCAAUUCCUAAGAAAAAAGAAGAUAUAGAAUCUGAAGGUUCUUGUACACCUGAUGGGGAGGGUCACCAAAAAUUGUUCUCUAUGGAGGAAGAUUCUUUCAUGGAUGCAUUGGCAGAUUUUACGCCCGACCAAUGUCCUAAUCUCCAUGAUCUUGAUACUCCAUCAAACUCAACAUCUGAUGUGAAUGAUUACACUAUAUACUUUGAUGGGGAUCAGCCGAAAAUGAAACAUACUGAAAUUUUUUAUGAGGCUCAAGAUAACAAUGUUACUGAUUUUGUUGUCCUUACGUUUUUGAGCAGGACUCCAGACUCUUGUCUUUAUGAUGGUAUAGAUUCACAGAUGAGUAUCCGUAUGUCUGCACUGGAGUUCUACUGUAACAGACCCACACUUGUUGCUCUUAUUGAGUUUGGAGUUGAUGUUAGCAUGGUUAAUUCUCUGCCAAAGAGUGACCCUGACAUGGCAGGUGCAGCACAGAGUGCAAUACCAGCAGGGAAGGAACACAGUAGUCGCACUGUUGUUAAAGGACUAUUAGGUUAUGGAAAACGGCGCACUAUUUUCAACAUUAAAAUGGACGUCGAUCGGGUAUCUAUGUUUCUUAAUAAGGAAGAUGGUUCUCAGCUUGCGAUGUUUGUGCAGGAGAAAUUUCUGUUUGACCUAAAGGUUCACCCGAGCUCAUUUUCUAUUGAUGGUAUGCUGGGGAAUAUGAGAUUUUGUGACAUGUCCCUCGGGCCAGAUCAUCGCUGGGGUUGGCUUUGUGAUAUACGGAAACCAGGUGUUGAGUCGCUUAUAAAGUUCUCCUUCCAGUCUUACAGUGUUGAUGAUGACGACUAUGAAGGUCAUAAUUACAGCUUGACUGGGCAACUUUCUGCUGUCCGCAUUGUCUUUCUUUAUCGUUUUGUUCAGGAGUUUACUUCUUACUUCAUGGAGCUUGCUACCCCUCACACUGAAGAAGCAAUUAAGUUUAUGGACAAAGUUGGAGGUUUUGAGUGGUUGGUUCAGAAAUAUGAAAUGGAUGGUUCUUCUGCUAUAAAGCUGGAUCUUUCACUUGACACACCCAUAAUCAUUGUCCCAAAGAAUUCCCAGAGUGAAGACUAUAUACAACUGGAUUUGGGACAACUGAAAGUUAGGAAUGAUUUUAGUUGGCAUGGUGGUGAUGAGAGUGACCCAGCAGCCGUGCGUCUUGAUGUUCUCCAUGCUGAGAUAAAUGGAAUCAACAUGGCGGUUGGGGUCAAUGGAACUCUCGGAAAGUGUAUGAUUCGACAGGGUCAUGGCAUCAAUGUAGAGGUGCGGCGUAGUCUGAGGGAUGUUUUCCGAAAGGUCCCAAUGCUCUCCUUGAAAGUUGAGAUAGGAUUGCUACACGCUGUCAUGUCAGAUAAAGAAUACCAUGUCAUCACAAGUUGUAUUUCGACGAAUUUAUCAGAGACACCCAACCUUCCCCCCAGUUUCCGUGAAAAUGUAAACCGGACAAAAGAAUCAAUACGCCUACUUGCGGAUAAAGUCAACCUCAAUAACCAUUUAUUGCUUUCACGUACUGUCGUCAUCAUGGUGGUAAAUGUUCAGUGUGCAUUGCUAGAGCUUCGCAAUGGCUCUGAAUCACCUCUCGCAGAGCUUGGUCUGGAAGGUUUAUGGGUUUCUUAUAGGACAACUUCACUGUUUGAGAUGGAUCUUUAUUUGUCUAUACUUAAAUUUUCGGUUCGUGAUAUCCGUCCAGAUACAAAGUCGGAGAUGCGCUUGAUGCUUGGUUGUUAUUCAGAGACUUCUAAACUGAGCACACCAGACCCAUCUACUGAUGUGGGAGUUUCUAACCUCACCAUGCUGAUACUGGAUUAUCGAUGGCGUUCUUCCUUCCAAUCGUUUGUUAUACGAGUCCAACAGCCUCGCAUACUUGUUGUCCUGGACUUUCUGCUCCCAGUUGUUGAGUUUUUUGUGCCUUCCUUAGGUACAAUAACAGGCAGAGAUGAAAGUCUCAACCCAAAACUGGAUCCUCUUAUGACGUCAAAUGACAUUAUACUUUGUGGGCCUGUUUUCUUACAGAGAGAGAAUGUUAUUCAACUCUCUCCUGAGAGGCAGCUAAUAGUUGAUGGUUGUGAUAUUGAUGAGUUCACUUAUGAUGGCUGUGGAGGCACCAUAUCAUUAUGUGAAGAGUUUGACAAGAAGGGACAACUAUACUCUGGGACUAUAAUCAUUGUUGGGCGGGGUAAAAGGCUAAGAUUCAAAAAUAUUAAAAUUGAGAAUGGUGCAUUACUGAGGAAGUGUGUUUACUUGAACACUGGAAGCAGCUAUUCAAUCGCUGCUGAAGAUGGAGUAGAGGUUUCAGUGAUAGAAACUACGUUUAACAACGACGAAGACAAUCGUUUCCAUACUGAAGAAUACAACAAGCAAAUCAGUGCUCUUCAGACUGCCGCUGAUACACACUCAAACCAAAUGUUGAGCUUUACAUUUGAAGCACAGGUUGUAUCCCCAGAAUUUAUCUUCUACGACAGUUCAAAGUUAUUAAUGGAUGAUUCCUUGCACAUUGAGAAGCUUCUUCGUGCCAAGAUGGAUUUCAGUUUCAUGUAUGCUUCAAAAGAAAAAGACAUAUGGGCUAGAUCGGUGGUUAAAGACCUGACAGUAGAAGCUGGUUCUGGUCUUCUUGUUCUUGAGCCAGUAGAUUUUUCAUGGAAAUAUACUUCAGUCAGUGAAAAAACGAACAUAAUACUGACAUCUUCUGAAAUAUGCAUCCAUCUUUCGCUGAGUGUUGCUUCUCUCAUGCUCAAACUGCAAAAUCAAACCCUUGCUGCUUUGCAGUUUGGCAAUAUUAACCCGCUGGUCUCUUGUACUAACUUUAAGCGAGUUUGGACGUCACCGGAAGGCUAUCUGCCUGGUUACAAUCUCACCUUUUGGAGGCCGCAAGCUCCUUCAAAUUAUGUCAUUUUAGGUGAUUGUGUGUCCUCAAGGUCUGUGCCUCCUUCUCAGGUCGUGGUUGCUGUAAGCAACACCUAUGGCCGUGUGCGGAAACCUCUUGGAUUUAGGCUUGUACAUACAUUACCUGGAUCUCUGGAGUUAGCGGAUUCAAAGAAGACAACUGAAGAAAAUGACUGUUCUAUCUGGAUUCCUGUGCCGCCACCUGGAUACUUAGCUUUAGGAUGUGUGGUAAAUAGUGGAAGGCAGCCACCUUCAAAUCAUGUUGUUUACUGCCUUCGUUCUGAUCUAGUGACGUCUGCAGCAUUUUCAGAUUGUAUACAUACUCUCUUAUCUGCUCCUGGAAUGCCUUCUGGAUUUAGCAUCUGGCGUGUGGACAAUGUGGUUGCUACGUUCCAUGCACACAGUUCUGCAAACCAACCCACCAGAACUGAAGCUCUUGAUUUGCAUCAUGUUCUGCUAAGGAAUCCAAACUGCUAUAUCAUUAAAGAUCUGAAUGCAGAUUCUUCUGCUCAGAGCGAGCAGCCAACUGAUCAAUUAAUUCAUCGCAAGAGUACUUCCGGAUGGGAUGCUGUUAGAACUUUUUCAAGGCCAAACAGCUACUGCACAUCUACUCCACAUUUUGAAAGAAUAUGGUGGGAUAAAGGUGGCGAUACAAAGCGGCCAUUUUCAAUAUGGCGGCCAUUACCUCGUUUUGGCUUUGCUUCAGUCGGCGACUGUAUAACCGAGGGGCUUGAACCACCUACUCUUGGCAUUCUAUUUAAGUGUGACAACAAGAUAGUUUCUGAAAGGCCUGUACAGUUCACGAAAGUAGCACAAAUUGACAGAAAAGGCGUUGAUGAAAUAUACUUCUGGUAUCCAGUGGCGCCUCCUGGAUAUGCUUCUCUUGGAUGUGUUGUAACGAAAACAGAUGAAAUGCCAACCAAAGAUUCCAUUUGCUGUCCUAAACUGGGCUCUGUGAACCAGGCAAAUAUCUCAGAGGACCCUAUCUCCAGGUCUUCUAGCUCAAAAGGACCUAACUGCUGGAGCAUCUGGAAAGUUGGAAAUCAGGGAUGUACUUUCCUUGCACGAUCUGAUCUAAAAAAACCAUCAGCUCGAUUGGCAUACAGUAUUGCAGAUCACGCUAAGCCAAAGGCACCUGACAAUAUUACUGCCGAGUUGAAGCUGGGAUCUUUGUCAAUCAGCAUCCUUGACAGCUCCUGUGGAAUGGUCACACCAAUUUUUGACACUACAAUUGCGAGUAUAAAUCUUGCGACGCAUGGGCGAUUUGAGACAAUUAAUGCGGUGUUAAUUUGUUCAAUUGCUGCAUCCACAUUCAAUAGACACUUGGAAGCAUGGGAACCCUUGGUUGAGCCAUUUGAUGGAAUAUUCAAGUUGGAAACAUAUGAUACCAGUGAACACCCUCCUUCAAAAGUUGGUAAGAGGAUACAUGUUGCUGCAACAAGUCCUCUAAAUGCCAACCUGAGUUCUGCAAAUCUUGAUUUACUUAUCGAAACUUUACUGUCAUGGAGAAGGCAAAUUGAUAUUGAAAAAAGAUCGUCAAUCAGAAAUGAGGACAAUGUUGAUAAUUUAAAAAUAGCUGAUGAUUUUUCCUGUUCUGCUUUGGAUGAAGAUGAUAUCCAGAGGGUAGUUUUUGAGAACAAAUUAGGAUGUGAUGUUUAUCUUAAGAAACUAGAAGAUACUGAAAGCACUAUUGAGCUGUUACAGCAUGAUGAUCAAAUUUCAUUGUUAAUGCCACCUGCACGGUUUUCUGAUAAAUUAAAUGUAUUGUCCAAUUCCACGGAAGAAAGAUAUUAUGUUGUCAUACAGAUCUUCGAGUCAAAGGGAUUGCCUAUUGUCGAUGAUGGCAAUGACCAUAGCUACUUCUGUGCUUUGCGCUUGCUCAUAGGAAGUCAUACUUCUGAUCAGUACAAGGUGUUCCCACAGAGUGCCAGGACAAGAUGCGUAAAACCUGUUAAAUCAACAGAGUUAAGGACACAUCAUGCUAAGUGGAACGAACAUUUUAUAUUUGAAGUUCCAGAACAGGCUUCAGCUAAUUUAGAGAUUGAGGUAACAAAUCUGGCAUCAAAGGCUGGUAAAGGUGAAGUACUUGGCUCUUUAUCAAUCCCUAUUGGGCGGGGCAUGACAACAUUGAAGCGAGCUUCUUCUAUCAGAAUCCUUCAGCAAGCUGCUGACGUCAAGCGAGUAAUGACAUGUCCUCUUACAAGGAAGGGCACAGUAUUUAACGAGGGAGACAACAAACACUAUGGUGCUUUAGUACUUUCAAGUUGUUAUAUAGAACGAUCUACUCAACCAAACUUCCAGAGCUGGAAAGACAGCAUAAGCAAUGCAGAGGGUGGUUUCUGGGUAGGGCUGACCCCAGAUGGUCCAUGGGAAAGUUUUACUGCAGUUUUACCACUGUCAGUCAUCCCAAAAUCACUUAAUAAUAACCACUUCGCAUUUGAGAUCACCAUGAGGAACGGAAAGAAACAUGCUACUUUGAGGGCUCUUGCUAUUAUUGCUAAUGAUUCUGACAUGAAACUUGAAGUUUCUGUAUGCCCUGUAAACAAGAUUAGUAGCUCCAUGUUAAAUACUGGAUCAACCAGUUCCACCAACACUGUUGAUGAAGUAUUUGAAAACCAGUGGUAUAGACCCAGUUCAGGGUGGACAAGUAACCACUCAAGUGACCAUGGAAUUGAAUUAGGGCAAUGGAGCACAAGGGACUGCUCUUACUCAUCCAAGGCAUUCUUUGAGCCUCGUCUUCCACCUGAUUGGAAGUGGACUUCACCGUGGAAAAUCGAAAAGUCUAGUUUCUUGGAUAGUGAUGGAUGGGCAUAUUCUGCUGAUAUUCAAAACUUAAACUGGCCAUCUUCCUGGAGAUCUUCUAAAUCACCACUUGAUUGUGUUAGGCGAAGGCGUUGGGUACGUUGGAGGCAGCUAUUGCAAGAGCAAAGCGCGGAAAUACCUAGGAAAAUAAUUGCUAUUGUCGAGCCUCAUUCAUCUACGGCAUUGCCUUGGACUGCCAUGAUUAAGGAUAUGGAUCUGUGUUUGCAAGUUCGCCCUUUUUCUGCCAAAUCAGAUGAAUCAUACAGUUGGAGUCAGGUUCUUUCACUAGGUUAUGACAGCCAACCUAAGCAGCAGCAGCAAUCUUCACUCUCUAGACAAAGCACCUUGAAACAAUCAUCUGUACCCUCGAGGAAUUCUGUUCUUCGACUUGCUGAGCUUGAGAAAAAAGAUGUGCUUUCGUGCUGCUCCCCUCCUGUUGGUAUUAAACAAUAUUUCUGGCUUAGCAUUGGAGUCAAUGCUUCCGUUGUUCAUACAGACUUGAAUAUGCCUGUUUAUGACUGGCAGUUCUCCUUCAAUUCAGUCCUUAGACUUGAAAAUAAGCUCCCAUAUGAAGCUGAGUAUUCUAUUUGGGAGAAGUCUGCCGAAGGCAACAUGGUUGAAAGGCAGCAUGGUUUUGUAUCAUCAGGUGGAAGUGCGUUCAUCUAUUCAGCAGAUAUACGAAAAUCCAUUUAUCUCACAUUGUUUGUUCAGAAUGGCUGGAUUUUGGAAAAGGAUGCUGUAUUAAUAAUGGACUUGCUGUCCCUGGAACACAUUUCUUCCUUCUGGAUGGUUCAGAAACGAAGCCAGAGGAGAUUGCGUGUUAGUGUUGAACGUGACCUGGGAGCAAGUGAUGCUGCACCAAAGACGCUAAGAUUAUUUGUUCCAUAUUGGAUAAAAAACAAUUCUUCCAUUCCACUAUCUUAUCGUAUUGUAGAAGUGGAACCAGCAGAAAACGCAGAUGCAGACUCACUUAGCAGGCCAGAUUCAUUGAGCAGACCAGACUCAUUGAGCAGACCAGACUCUUUGAGCAAAGCGGCUAAAUCUUCAAAAUUUUCCCUCAGAUAUUCUUCAAAAUCUCUUGUCAGAAGAGGCAGCAUAUCACAGAGAAACUGCCAGAUAUUAGAUAUUAUUGAAGAUUGUGGUACAGACUAUGUAAUGCUCUCACCACAGGAUUAUGUGAACCGCUCGACCAAUAUGCGUGAGUCUCGAGAUAACAACUUCAGCCCAGCUCGGGUUGCAAUUUGUGUAGCUGUUGGCAGUUGCAAACAGUACAGUAUUGGAGUGUCUCUGUUUGAGCUUGAGAACAAGGAGCAUGUCGAUGUUAAAGCUUUCACUUCUGAUGGAUCAUAUUACUGGUUCUCUGUUCAACUGAAGAUGGCUUCAGAUAGAACUAAGGUUGUAAAUUUUCUUCCACGUGCACUUUUUAUCAACAGAGUUGGGACAGGUAUUAUUUUAUCUGAGUAUCAUACUGAGCUUGAGGAGCAUGUAUGUCCAACUGAUCCUCCAAAGGUGUUCAGAUGGCGUUCAGAAUUUGGAAACGAACUUUUGAAGUUGCGGAUGGAGGGAUACAAAUGGAGUACACCAUUUAGCAUUCAUGCUAAUGGAGUUAUGUGUGUGCUCAUGAACAGUGAUACAGGAAAUGAUCAAGCUUUUGUUAGGGUAAAUGUUAGAAGUGGAACAAAAAGUUCACGGUAUGAAGUUGUAUUUCAGCUUGCUUGCUGGUCCAGCCCGUACAGGGUAGAGAAUCGCUCCAUGUUCUUGCCUGUUCGCUUUCGGCAAGUUGGUGGUGAUGAUUAUUCUUGGCGUAGUCUACCUCCGAAUUCAUCAGCUUCAUUCUUUUGGGAGGAUCUUGGCCGAAAACAUCUGUUGGAGGUAUUGGUUGAUGGAACUGACGCUACAAGCUCAAUGACAUAUGACAUUGAUGUCAUCAUGGAUCACCAGCCACUUGCUACUUCAAGUGGGCUUAAGAAAGCCUUGCGCAUCACUGUUGUCAAAGAAGGGAAAUUGCACGUCACUCAAAUUAGUGAUUGGCUGCCAGAUAAUAGAACUCGAGGGCAAACAACUGAGAGGCUAUUAUCGCCGAUCUUUCAGCCAUCAGAGGUAGACUGUGGGCAGUCAUCUCAAGAUCUGGAUAGUGAAUUUCAUGUUACUUUGGAAUUGACAGAGCUGGGCAUUUCCAUAAUUGACCAUAUGCCUGAGGAAGUUCUUUACCUCUCAGUGCAGCAGUUAUUACUUGCCUACUCAUCUGGAAUGGGUUCUGGAAUCAAUAGGUUUAAAAUGCGAAUGCACUGGAUUCAAGUGGACAAUCAAUUGCCUUUUGUUUCAAUGCCUGUCCUCUUUUGUCCUCAGAAGACGGACAAUCAAUUUGACCAUGUCCUCAAAUUUUCUAUGACGAUGCAGACCAAUAAUGCUCUUGAUUUUUGUGUUUAUCCAUAUAUUGGUAUGCAGGUUCCUGAGAAUUGUGUUUUUUUUGUUAACAUCCAUGAACCGAUCAUUUGGCGCCUCCACGAGAUGGUUCAACACCUAAAAAUUGAUAGGAUAUCUAGCUCUCAGCCUUCAGCUGUUUCUAUUGAUCCAAUACUGAAAAUAGGGCUUCUGAAUAUCUCCGAGGUCCGAUUUAAAGUUUCAAUGGCAAUGUCCCCAACCCAAAGGCCAAGAGGAGUUCUUGGGUUCUGGUCAUCCUUGAUGACUGCACUGGGAAACAUGGAGCACAUGCCGGUUCGUAUAGCUCAAAGGUAUAGAGAGGAAUUGUGCAUGCGACAAAGUGCACUAAUGAGCUCUGCUAUAUCUAACAUCCAAAAGGAUCUUCUUAGCCAGCCUCUUCAACUACUUUCUGGUGUUGAUAUUCUUGGAAAUGCCAGUAGUGCUUUAAGUAACAUGAGCAAGGGUAUAGCAGCACUAUCUAUGGACAAGAAAUUCAUUCAGGGACGGAUGAGACAGGAUAGCAAAGGAGUGGAAGACUUCGGUGAUGUCAUACGAGAUGGAGGCGGGGCUCUUGCAAAAGGAAUCUUCAGAGGUGUCACUGGCAUAUUAACAAAACCCAUCGAGGGUGCAAAAUCUUCAGGUGUUGAAGGCUUUGUACAGGGAGUUGGAAAAGGCUUAAUUGGUGCAGCUGCUCAGCCAGUGAGUGGAGUCCUCGAUCUUCUAUCUAAAACUACUGAAGGUGCAAAUGCUGUAAAAAUGAAAAUAUCAUCAGCUAUAAUGGCUGAGGAGCAGUUGCUGCGUAGGCGUCUCCCUCGAGCCAUUGGUGGUGAUAGUUUGAUCUAUCCUUAUGAUGAGUAUAAAGCAACUGGCCAGGCUAUCUUGCAGUUAGCUGAAUCUGGUACAUUUCUCGGCCAAGUGGACCUUUUUAAAGUACGAGGCAAGUUUGCAUCUACUGAUGCUUAUGAGGACCAUUUCAUACUUCCUAAGGGGAAAAUUGUUAUUGUUACUCACAGAAGAGUGUUAUUACUUCAGAUACCUAUGAUGACCCAGAGAAAGUUUAAUCCUGCAAAGGAUCCAUGCUCGGUAAUCUGGGAUGUACUAUGGGAUGAUCUUGUCACAGUGGAGAUUACUCAAGGAAAAAAAGAUGCUCCUGGAUCCUUACCUUCAAAGCUUAUUUUAUAUUUGAAGGCCAAGCCUACAAAUUCAAGGGAAGUUGUCCGUUUGAUCAAGUGUAAUCGUGGGUCCGACCAAGCGACUACCAUCUACUCAUCAGUUGACAAAUCUUAUAAAGCGUAUGGCCCGAAUGCAAUAAAGGAAUUACUGAGAUGGAAGGUACCAAGGCCAUAUGCCCCUCGUAAUACUAAUCGUCGCACUGUUCAGGAUUUAUCAUUUGCAUAGAUGAUAUUGUUCAAUGGCACCGUUCAGGAUAUUGUUCAAUUAGAUACACUUAUGAUGAAAUCCAUACUCGGUAAAGCAAAAGGCAUUGGUAGGCUUGCAGCUUGAGUAGUUGGGAGUGUAGAGAAGGCAACUGCUUAUAGGUAUGUUAGGACAUCAAAAUAUACCGCUGACGUACAUGUACAUAGCUUUGUAGGUUUGAGAAACUUCUUAAUCAAAAUACUAUGGCGUAGUUGCUCAUAGUAUAACAGAUUUCUCCUAUGUAAAUUGUACAAGCUUGUUAUAACCAGAAAAAAAUCGUUAAAGCUCGCAUGUGAGCGCUACCA